CCGCCGGCCGUGAUCUGGUGAGAAGCCUCCUGCAAAAAGCCGCCCGGCUUCCUGGACAUCUUCAGCUGCGCUGGGAAAGCAGCAGAGCGCUAAUCCAAAAGUAAAUGAGGAACUUAGAAAAAGGUUGCCAACUCCAAAUCAACACAGUUAUACAGAAUCAAAAAAGAAGAAGCUUACAGCUUCAUUUGAGGACUUUUGUAAGGCACUCACUGUUCUAGCUCUGCAAUCUUGGAGCAAAAACCAGAGUGAGUGCCAGAUCAAACAAGUUCAGAAGUACAAAUGGAGGACUGGUCAAAAGAAAUCUGUAAUCUGGAACAGCAAAGAGAAGACUUUUGUCCGAAAUUUCAGCUUUAUCCAAGUUCUUCAAGAAGCCUACAACCACAAAAUGAAUUGGUCAUCCAAGGCAAUGUUGAAGCAAUGAACCUGUCAGAUUUGCCAACAGCCACCUCACUCAGCAUUCAGAGUGCUAGCACCCAGAAUGUGUGUCUAGAUCAUGUUAUUGCCCCUUGUACUGCUGAAGAAUCAAGUAUUACAGAAAAACAAGGUAGAAUGCUCUCUGACUUUAUGACUUCUUGGAAGGAGACUGGAGACCUAGAUAAAGAGACGAAUAUCGCAUUCCUUUUGAAAGAAUUGGAUGCUGUACGGGCAAAGAAUAAAAAGCUUCAGGAUAAGCUGUCUGAAAAAGACAAGGAGCUGAAGACAAUAAAGCUGGACUUAGAACUGCAAGAGAGAGCUACAGAAGCUAAGAUUGCAGAAAAGACUGCAGCACUCGUGGAAGAAGUUUAUACUGCUCAACGAGAACGUGAUGAAGCUGUCAUGGCUAGACUUAAGUUAGCCAAUGAAGAGCGAGAUGAAGCACUUCUUCGAGCCAAGCAUUUGGAGCAGUCUCUUAAAGAGCUAGAAAAUAUUAACCCUGAAGAAAAUGACAUGACAUUACAGGAAUUACUGAACAGAAUAAACAAUGCAGACACAGGGAUAGCUAUACAGAAGAAUGGAGCUAUAAUUGUGGAUCGAAUACACAGGACCAAGGAGCGUAGAAAGAAAAUAACAGCUGAGGAAAUGAAUGCAGUGAUUGAAGAACGGGAUGCUGCUUUGUCUCAAUGCAAACGGCUGGUGCAGGAGCUUCAUCAUCUGAAAGAGCAGAACCAGACUUCAGCAAACAACACGAGACAUCUGACUGCUGAAAACAAUCAAGAACGUGCUCUGAAGGCAAAGUUGCUAGCUAUACAACAAGAGAGAGAGACUGCUGUUCAACAGAAUAAAAAACUAGAAGAAGAAAUUCAGACACUACGUGUUUAUUACAGUUUACACAAAUCUCUGUCCCAAGAAGUGAGUCUUAAGGAUCAGUUUAACUGUACUCUUAGUACAUAUGAAGAUGCACUGAAAAGCAGCGAGGAUAUUGUAACCAUCACACAUCGCCAAAAUGAGCAGCUAGCUACCCAACUGCAGCAAGCCCAAACAGAGCGAACAAACAUGGAAUUAAAGCUUCAGCAAGCUUUAGAAGCGUCACAAGAAGCCAACGAAAAAGUUCAAACGUUGGAAAGGCUGGUGGACGUCCUGAGGAAGAAGGUUGGAGCAGGGACCAUUAGGACUGUGAUCUGAUUGAAAGCUCCAGCCUAGGGAAGUAUUCACAUCUGGUGACCAGGCUGCUUCAUUCAGCACUGUGUAAACACUAAAGCCUUAACUUAGCAAACAGUUGUUAGAAGUGGGACACUCCAAUGACAUUCCAGACUGAGAUAAAAUCAAAUCAUAAAUGUUUAACCACUUUGCUGCUGAGUUGUGUUAUUUGUCAAACUGUAUCUCUGCAAACAUGUAUUUGCUUUAAGCAGCUGUAUUGUGGUAUGGUCAGUGAGUAUUGUGGAAAUCAUUUGUGUGCUGUUUUAACAAUAGUCUCUUCACGCAGUUAACAUUGUCGGACUAUAGUGUGCUGCAAGGCACAGCCCGGCCAUGUUACAUACGGCCUGCUUCAGGGGCCAGUCCUGCAAAGUGUAAAGCUACAAUGCUAUUUAUCAAUCCGCAAACAAUUGAAUAUUUUAAUGUUGAAUGUAUUUCUUACUGAUAAUAGAGGUUCAGAUUCAAUGUCCUAUCUAUGUUAAUAUCGUGGAGAUGUUUUCCUCAUAAUGCACACUCAUAAUCCCUCCGUAUUGUAAUUGUUAAUCAGAAUUAUGUACAUGCAUCAUGGAGAAGGUAGACACAUGGCUUUAAAAAGACUUUCUAUAGCUAGCACAGAAUCCUACUCCAGAUUCAUUUCAGCUCCUUAUAAACAUAUAUGGACAGUUAGAUUUCACUAAAAGAGUAGAUUCGUUAAUUUGUAAAAAUGUAGUUACAUUGAUCAGUAUUGAAGCUGUAGAGACGAUUAUUCUGAUUGUUAUAUGUCGCUCUUCUUCCUGCUCCUAUGAAAGAAAAUCUCUGCGAGGUUAAUACUCCACCUGGCUGGGGCAAAGGAACUGUGUAAGGCACAGCCUCAGCUCUUCUAUAUCAAUCUUCUUGCCUCCUCCUUUGAAAUGGAAGCACUGAACAUUCUGCUCAGCCCCCCUCGUCUGGCUUUUGUGUGUUUCUGCUGUCUUCUCUCUUUAGUGAUUGUUUUUAUAGAUGCAAUGAAAGAAGAGAAUAGAAGAAUGAAGGAAAGAAGUCUGCAAUAUGCCAUUUAAUGUGGAGAAUCAGACUCAGGGUCUGUCUCUCUGGUCAGACACUGCAGUACUCUGCAUUCUUUGUCUGCAGACCUAGGCUCCUUUUGGUUUCAGUCCCUCAACUAGGCCACUUGCAGGGGAAGGUAGGUUUACCUGCAGUGCAUAGUACUUGUUAUGCCCCAGGAGGCUCUGUGAGUGAUUCCUAACCACCCACUCUGCCCCAAGUCAGACUGUGAUUAUUGCUUCUGAACCUCCAUAGUCAUUAAACCACAGAUGACCCUUUCAUGCUUCCAGACCUGGGAGCUGGUAAAACCCUAGAGGCAGUGGCGGCUCCAGGCACCAACGCAGCAAGUGCGUGCCUGGAGCGGCAAACCGCAGGGGGGGCGCCCUGCUGGUCCCUGCGAGGGCAGCAGUCAGGCAGCCUUCAGUGGCACUCCUGCGGGAGAUCUGUCGGUCCCACGGAUUCGGUGGCAAUCGGCAGUGAGGUACGCAGAAGCUGCGGGACUGGCGGACCUCCCUCAGAAAUGCCGCCGAAUCUGCGGGACCGGGGACCUCCCGCAGGCACGCCACCAAAGGCUGCCUGACUGCUGUGCUUGGGGCGGCAAAAAAGCUAGAGCUGCCCCUGCCUAGAGGAACCUAUGACUCCUGCACCAGGCUCUAGUUCCUCUUGUGCUCAAAGUGAGCCUGUAAUUACUGUCUUGAGGAUGCUGCUCUCACUAGAUUGGAAGCAACUACUGCCCUAAUACCCUUACUGUACCCCCAGUGGUGUACUGAGUGGCGUGCCACAUGCUGUGGACACCCUUGUCCCAAUUCUUCUUGAGGGAAAUGGCCAAAUAAGGAAGGAAGACGUUGUUGUCCAUGCUUGAGUGACCUAGCUGUCACUUUCACAUUUAUCUAGGUGUUUCUAGAAUUUUCCCCUUGAUUCACUCUUAGGGGUAGGACUUCUGAUUUUCAGUUUUAACUGGUACAGCGCUCUUAGUACAAAAAAUGAAACUGGUGUUUAUCCAUUGAACACCGGAAAUGGUUACUUGUAUCUAAGGACUUGCCGACAUGGAGCAAUAAUGUGGACUGUGGGGUGUGAUUUCUAAAGUGCACUAAUAAUGUAUUGCACAUUAAUUGGUCCAUGUAGAUGCAGCUGGCAUGCACAAAAGGUUCCCUAGUGCGCUAUGACAUAGUGCUGUUUGAAACAGUACUGUGUUAAAGUUCACUAGGGAACAUUAUAAAGAAAUUACUCAUUACAGUGCAUAUAGUAUAUACAGUAGUAUAUACAGUAGUAUAUACUGUAAAAGAGCUCCUAGUCCUUUACAUGCAGAUUUUACAUAAUCAUACUUCCAUCCUCCCUUUUUAUCCAGGAAAGUAGGAUAGAUCAUACAAGAUCAGAUCAGCAGUCAUUGAGUCAAAUAUACUCUUUCUGGUUGUGGCCAAUAGCUGAUUCUUCAGAGCAAGAUGGUGACCGUCCAUAAUACAGUUGUGCCGUGUUGUAUGUGAGGGAAAAUUCCUUCCUGACUCUGUUUUACCAUUUACACCAUGAAGCAUGAGCUCAGAUUACCUUUUAGCAUGGAUUUUUAGCACCUUUGUAGUGCAACUACAAAAGACUUUUAUUCAUUGUUAAAUUAUCCAUCACUUUUUUAAAAUUCAGCUACGAAUAUUUGUCUUCUUUGGGAAAAUGCUUGGGAAGGCUCAUCUAAAUGUGAAGAACCUCUUGAGUUCUAAUCCUGCCCUGCUACUGGCUUGGUGUGUGGCCUUGGGCAAGUCACUUAGGGACAGAUUUUUUAAAGGUAUCUAGGCUCCUAAAGAUGCAGAUAGGCACAUAGUGGGAUUUUCAAAAGUGCCUAGGUAAACUCCCACUGAAAUAAUUGAUUUAUGCUCCUGCUCCCAUUGAAAUGAACAGUUAAACCCCCAGUGACUUCAGUGGUGUGGGAUCAGGCCUUUAAUCUCUGUAGUGUAGGUGAAUUCCUGGACCCAUUAAAAUCAAGGAGAGUUUUGCCAUUACCUUUAAUGGGGGGCAGGAUUUCACCCUUUUAAGUUUCCCCAUCUGUAAAAUGGGGAUAAUAGUAUUUUGCUUUUGCUUUUCCUCACAGAGGUGUUGUGAGGAUUGAUUAAUUAAUCUCUGUACAGCACUUUGAAGGUGUAAAAUACUAUAUAACUGCAAAAUCGUCAUUUUUUUUAAGUCUCCUUAUUUAUGGGGAAAGGAUGAGGCUGUGUCAGAUUGCAUCCCGGUAGAGGUAGUUUCUUUGCCACCAGUUCAGAGUAAGGGCUUGUCUUCCAUAGGCAAAGACUAUGACAACGGUAAUUACUGGUGUAAGCAGUGUCACCAUUACUUUGAUGUAGCAUGGAGAUAUAUGUGCAUUUCAUAUCCCUCAUGAGAUUUUGUGCAUUUCUCUAUGUGAUCAUGCAGCGAGUGACAGCACUGGGAGCCAUUCAUGAUGCAUGCCAUGAUAAAAUAUGUAAAUAGUGUCACGUUGUCACCGGAUAAGAAUGUUAUUAAUGCUUUUCAGUACUGUAAUUAUAUUCAUAGUAAGCCUUCCCUAAGCCCUCACUAAUUAACAAUAUUGUGACAAGUCAACUUUAACAGAACAGAACUGUGGCCCUUUAGUCAUUUAGUACUGUUUUUCAUUCAGCCCACAGCCAAAAUCUCAUAGUGUAGUUUUGUACAUUGGUGUCAGGAAAGCUACUGAUAGUUGAAAAGUUCAUAGCCCACUCAGUCUUGUUAGUGGAACCCUAUAGAUGAAAUCAGUUACAACCCUCUUUAAAUAUAUUCAGAUGAUAGGUAGACUCAUUAGUUAAUUAUUAAUGUAUGAGAAUUUUAAGACUGCUUUUACAAAUAAGCUAUCAUAUUGAAAUAAUUUAACAAUGUCAGUGUGUUGUCACAGAGACAUUCCUUUUUUUUCAAAUUAUAGGAUAUUUUUUAAGAUUUUCAUUCAUUUUAGUUUCCAAAUUAAAAUGGUUUUAUAAAAAAUCUUAUUAGGUGACCUUGAAUUGUAAUUGCUUUAAUUCACACACACAAAUGAAGUUGCUAUCUAAAUGUCAUUUUCUACAUGCCUUUGUUUUCUUUGUUUAAAAUAAUGCCAUAUGAAAGCUGCUUUUUGUGGGUGCUGUACCCCAUGUAUCAGAAUAAACAAUUUACUGUGAGGCAGAGAAAACUGUUGCAACAAAUGAAUGGCAGUUUCUCUCAUACUAUACUUGACAGAGUUGCAGCAUUACAUGAAGUACAUCUGGCUUUUAUCAUUUUACCAGUUAACAUAAGAUCUGUGCAAAAUAUUCCUUUUUCUUCCACUGCACUGGCAAAUCCAAAAAACAAAGUGUUUGUCUUGUUUUAGCUUGAUCGUAAGUCAGCUGCUGGGCUUUAGUGGUCUAAACAUUUCAUUCUUCAGUUUUGUUGGGAGCGCACGUGUUCUAUGAGGCUUUUAAACAAAUACUUGGAAUGGUUGAAAGAUUUGCAUUGCCAGUGCCUAGCUAAAUAUGUAGUCUUUAGAAAAGAUGUGGUUUAUUUUGGCACUGUUUAAAAAACUCAAAUAUUUUAAACAUUUGUUAAGUUCAAGCUUGCACAUUUGAACUAGCCCUAUACAUUCCAAAGUUGCAUCUCAUGUUACCUGUCUCUUUGUUUUUUGUAUUUUUUAUUAUUCAUUAAAAUAGUCUUUGUAAAGGUUUUUUUAAAAAGUAACAUAAAAUAUUGUCAUUAAACUAAUGAGAGUCAAAAUUAACUGCAAUGGCAGACAUGCAAUUUCAAAAAUGUCUUUUGGAAUCUGAAGGUUCAUGUCAGUGGCCCAGAUUUCUUCCUCAUAGAAUGAAUAAAAUAUAUUAGGGGCGUGAUCCCACAGACCCUUCCUCUUAGGAGUAAUGCUUACAGUGGGUUAGUAAGCAUUACCCAUACUACUUUACAGGAUCAGGCUAUAAGCAGACAGUUUGGCUGUGUAGUCUAUUGAUAAAGUAGAAUAACUUCAGAAAAAAGAAAUCCUUCUUUUCUGUUUCCAACAUGUGAUAGGGAAUUUUUUAUAAUUUAAAGUAAAAAAAUUAAACUUGCUUUGAAUUUUCUGGUUAGUUUGAACCUGAACUUCAUAGUGAAACUCAAGAGGUGAAAACUACUGCAAACUGAAACUACCAUCUUUCAUGUGGCUCUAGUUAGAGGUAAAACUUAAUUUUUGCUCUUAAAUAUUAAGUAGAAAGACUCUUCUGUUUGGCUAGUUGGUUGGCUUGUGUUGGGUUUUUUCCUCUGUAUGAUUGAACAUGGAAGUAUACCUUUGUUUUGUUUAAACCCUACCAGGACCCCAAUUCAACAAAGCACUGAAGUUAAGCAUGUGUUUCAGUGCUCUUCUGGAUCAGAACCCAAAUGCAAAUGGUCAGAUUGAAGUCUGGGGAAACAAGUACAGCUCCCAUUGUCUUCAAGUAGAAUUUAGCAUGCUUACUUCAGGGUUAAAUUUGACCCAGAGAUUCUAACUGCCAUAGGCCCUGACUCCAUGGGUGUUUCAGGGCUGGAGCACCCAUGGAAAAUAAAUAGUGGGUGCUCAGCAACCACCAGCAGCCCCGUGGAUCAGCUCCUCCCUCUCCCCACAGCACCUCCCACCCGCCAGCAGGCCCCGAUCAGCUCCUUCCUCUCCCUCCCAGCACCUCCCGCCCACCAGUGAUCAGCUGUUCAGCGGUGUGCAGGAGGCACUGGGGGAGAGGGAGGAGCGGGGCAGGAAGAGGCAAGGAGAGGAGACAGAACGGGGUGGCAAGAGGUGGGGUGAAGGGUUGGGUAAAGGGAAGGAGUGGGGACAUGGCCUGGGGCAGAGUGGGGGUCGAGCCCCCCUCGGGAACUUAGGAAGUCGGCACCUCUGCUAACUGCAUUACAUUCAGAAAAGUUCAUAUGCAUUCAAAUUGGUUUUGUACAUAAUACAGGUGUUUUUAUUGUCAUGAGAUAAAAUAGCCAUAUGUCUAAUGGAACAGGCCACUCCCAAGUUCCAAGAGGUUGUGCUAAGGAGAACAUGUGAUAUACAGUGUCCAAAGAGAGGAGGUCCAUUUAUUAAUUACAUGAACUUUCUACAACUGAUAAUUAUCCAAACUAUAAGUAAGUUUGCACACUAUAUUCCCAAAUAAAAUUGAAGAAAUAACUCUUGUUAUCCCAAGGAGUUCAGAAGGGUAGAAACUCUAAUAUGGUGCAUUUGUCACAGACAGAUAUGAGCUGACCAAAUUUCUGAAGCAAACCUUUUCAAAGAGACUUCCAUAUAUUAAAAUGCAUGAUUAAAUAAAUAAAUAAAUAAAUAACCAUUGCCUGGGAACUGCUCUAACUUGCAGAUUGGAGACGUAGAGUUUUGUUUUUCAGUAUUUGACUUUCACAGAUGUAGCUUUAUUGUUUCACAAAUUCUUUAUGUGGCCCAAUGGGUGUGUUCUCUGUCUGCUAUUUAUAAAAUCAAUCUCUGUAAUAUGAGGCCACAUACUGAUGUCUAAGCAGGAUUUCAGCUAUCAACGGGUUAGAAUCCCCUUCCUUUCAGAAAAUAAAACAACUGAUUUCU